GGCUGGCAGCCGCUGCUCUCGGAGGCCGAGGCCCUGCUGAAGGGCGCCAAGCACUUCGACGGGGUGCAGAAGGUCAACCAGUGCAUGGAGCUCUUCGAGGCCGAGGUGGGCGGCUCCGGCUCCAAGAUCCUGAAAGAGCCGAACGAGUUUCUGGCCGAGACCAUGCCCAAGCUGUCGGCCGAGCAGAAGGCUGCCCUGCGCAAGAUGUACGAGGUGCGGGGCGACCUGCUGUGCGGCCUGGGGGCCCUGAAACGCGCGGCGACCGAGUACGGGUGCGCGGCGACGCUGGACCCCAGCAGCGAGGAGCUCAAGGCGAAGAAGGCGAAGGUAGAGGCCAGCGGCGCGGGCGGCAUGUCGGCUGACGCCGACAAAAAGGGUUCUGCACUCCCGUCUCGGUCCUCACUGGCUUCCUCGGGAGCGGCAAGACGACGCUGCUGA